AGUGUGGAAUUGUAAAGAUAACACAACGUGACAAAAAUAAAAGAGCAAUCAGCGAUGUUCGAUAGCGAUUAUCAAAAAGGAAAGAAUUCGUUUGUCAUCGGCAUAACUGGAGCAACUUGUAGUGGAAAGAGCACAUUGGCUAAUAAAAUCCGCGACAAUUUCUCAGGAUCUGUUGUGAUGUGUCAGGACGAUUAUUUUUUGUCAUUGGAUGAUCCGCGUCACGUUAAGAUACAGGAAUUAAAUCAUAUAAAUUGGGAACUGAUAACGAGUAUGGAUAUGCAGAAAAUGCAUUCCGAUAUCGUACAGAUACUUCAAUCUCACAAACCAGAUGCAGCAGAUGGCACGAGAACGAGGAUAUUAAUAUUGGAUGGCUUUCUGCUCUUCAAACACAAGCCUAUCACGGAUUUGUGUGAUCGUAAAUAUUUUUUAACAUUGACGAAGGAACAAUGUUGGGAACGAAGAAAAGAUCGUACUUACGAUCCGCCCGAUGUGCCGGGAUAUUUUGACAAGGUGGUGUGGCCUGAAUACGUCAAGUAUGAAAAUGAAGUCACACGAGAUAGCGAAUUAUAUAAAACUGUAAGAUUCAUUGAUGGAUCCAAGAAUAUGGAAGAAAUUUAUGAGAUGAUUACCAAGGAGAUCAGUCAAUUAUUAUCUUAAAAGCGUAUCUUGUUUUAGACUUAUAACAGUUUAAAUAAGUUUAGCCAAAAUCAGAUUCUUUAUAUAUAUAUAUAUAUAUUGAAAAUUACCAAAAAUAAAUAGAAAUUGUUACGAUUUUAUAUU